UUUAGUGACUCACUGUGCUGUGAUCCUGCUGCUGACAUCCCCUGCUCCUGAAGACAGACAGCCUCUCACUCUGCCUCCGUUUUCUUUGCCUCAGAUCUGCUGGUUCUUGUUCUAAGAACAGGGCUUUAUGUGUCCAAGAAAUCCUACAUCACCAUGGUGAGUCCUGGUGGUCUGCUCACUCGCCAGAAUCAACCAGUGGCACUGAAGAACAUCUCUGUGACCGUGUCCAUCCGUGAGUUUGUAGCUGGUGUGUCGGCAACCUUACACUAUGAGAAUGAGGAAAAUGUCGCUUUGGAAGCUUUCUUUGUGUUCCCCAUGGAUGAAGAUUCUGCUGUCUAUACCUUUGAGGCCUUGGUGGAUGGGAACAAAAUAGUGGCAGAAUUACAGGACAAGAUGAAGGCCCAUGCUGACUAUGAGGAUGCCAUCUCUCAGGGCUACCAAGCCUAUCUGCUGGAAGAGGACAAGUGCUCCAGGGAUGUCUUCUGUUGCAAUGUGGGGAACCUCCAGCCAGGGGCAAAGGUUGCACUCACCCUGAGGUAUGUGCAAGAGCUGCCUCUGGAAGCAGACGGGGCCUUACGCUAUGUGCUCCCAGCUAUCCUGAAUCCUAGGUACCAACCCUCUGGACAGACCGAGGACAAUUGUGUUAAUCUGAAGACACCUAUAAUGCCUUUGGAGGACCUGCCCUACACACUCAACAUGGUCACCAGCAUCAGUUCUCAGCAUGGAAUCGACAGGGUCCAGUCCAACUGCCCCUUGAGCCCUAUGGAGUACCUUGAAGAUGAUAAGACUUCAGCUCAGGUUGCCUUGGCUGAAGGACACAAGUUUGAUCAGGACGUGGAACUUUUGAUUUACUACAGUGCAGUGCACAGCCCCAGAGUUGCCGUGGAGACGGGGAUGCCUGAAAAGAAACCAGAUAGUUUGAUGGGAGAUCCAGCUGUCAUGCUGAGUUUCUAUCCAGACAUCCCAGAAGUUGAGGCAUCAAUGGCCUGUGGAGAAUUUGUCUUCCUCAUGGACCGUUCGGGAAGCAUGCAGACUCCUUUGAGUAAACAGGACAGGUCUCAGCUGCGCAUAGAGGCAGCCAAGGAGACACUGAUCUUGCUGUUGAAGAGUUUGCCACUGGACUGUUAUUUCAACAUCUAUGGAUUUGGAUCUUCCUUUGAGGCGUUCUUUCCGGAGAGUGUGAAGUACACUCAGCAAACCAUGGAGGAGGCAGUGGAGAGAGUUAAGGUCCUUCGUGCAGACCUAGGGGGCACUGAAAUCUUGACACCACUCCAGAAAAUUUUCAGGGGAUCCUCCAUCCCAGGCCAUCCCUUACAGCUUUUUGUCUUCACAGACGGAGAAGUUACUAACACAUUCAGUGUAAUUAAAGAAGUUAAAUUCAACAGCACAAAACACAGAUGUUUUUCAUUCGGUAUUGGAGAAGGUGCUUCCACCAGCUUAAUAAAAAGUAUUGCUCGAGUAUCAGGGGGCACUUCAGAGUUUAUCACAGGCAAGGACAGGAUGCAGUCCAAGGUUCUUAGGACCCUGAAGUGGUCUCUCCAGUCUGUGGUGGAAGACAUCUCCCUGAGCUGGGAUCUGCCUCCUGAUCUGACUGCUAACAUGCUUUCACCAGAGCAGACUGUCAUUUUUAGGGGUCAGAGGUUAAUUUUCUAUGCCCAACUGACAGGGACGAUACCGACAGAGGAAGCCACAGGGGCAGUGUGCCUUAAGUACACACUCCAGGGCAAGAAUAUUGAACAAAAAGUGACAUUUUCUCUACAACCCAAAUGUGACUCCAACUUCACCAUACAUCGUCUUGCUGCAAAGUCCUUGAUCCAGACAAAAGAUCUGGGUUUUAGAGAGACCCCAGCAAGAGAAAGACAAGAUAUAUUGAACAUCAGCACGGAAUCUGGAGUCAUGAGCUCCUUCACAGCUUUUAUUGCUAUAAACAAAGAGCUCAACCGGCCAGUCCAGGGGCCCCUGUUUCACAGGGAGAUCCCAAGGCCUGUUCUAUAUGCAAGAGCAAAAAGAAUUGGUCAUUAUCAUUCAUCACUCGGGCGCUCCUCUGGUUCCAAUGAACAAUCUCCUCUACCUCAGUCCACUAGGGAGGUGCUUUGCUGUGGGACAUUGUCAGAUUGGAAGAAUAGUGAGCUUCCUGCUCGAGUUGUAUCACAAAGUUUUAGCUUGGGCAAGAAGAUCAUAUGUGCACUUCCCCUAGUAUCCAUCCCUCAGAAGGAAGACACUCAUUCUUCAACCAAUGAAACCAGUUUGCAAAAUAACUAUAAAGAAAAUGGUAUUGUGCAGUUGAUUUCCCUGCAAAAUGCAAAUGGUUCCUGGGAUCUGAAUAAACAUCUGGCCAGUGUCCUAGGUAUGAAACUGGAAGACGUAAAGGCUGCACACCCUGCCGAGCCUGUGAACUCCUCAGUCUGGGCCACAGUCCUUGCUGUUGUCUGGCUGCAUACCAAUGCAAUGGACCGGGAGUGUGAGUGGGAUCUUCUGGAAAGGAAGGCCAGAGCCUGGAUUCGCACCCAUGCAGGCUCUGCCACAUACAAGAUUGUGAAAGCAGCUAAUGAGUUCCUGAAGUCUUUUGUGGAUCCCGCUAUCUUCACCUUCUGAGAAUACCACUUUAAAAAGAAGUACUUGUUUUUGGCUCUUUCCUUCUUCCCUUUUCUUUUCCCCAAUUCAUGGCUUCAUAAAAGUGAUAGUAGUUUCUAAACCUGUGUUCUUUAUAGUUCAAAGCAUUCAUAUUCAGUAAUAGUCUUUCUAGGUUUUCCAUAGUGAUGAUUUAAAAAGCAGAUGACAAAGACUCCAGUCUAAGGAGAUCAGCAUUGAUGUUAGAGAAUGCCUAACUUAGAGAAAUCUCUAUAUUACAUUUGUACACUCACCAUUUUCUUUUUAUAUGGUACUGAGAACUGAGCCCAAGACCUUAUACAUCCCAUGCAAAACCUCUACCUUUGAGCUCUACCUCUAUGCAGUUAUGGGUAAGCUUUGAAGUUCUCCAUCCUUAGAAGGAAGAUUUGAAAGUUGAAAACAGCAUCAAGGUCAAUAAACAUCAAGAUCACAAGGAGAGAGAAUCAAGAUGUCCAUUCUGAGCAUUGGCACUCUUGGGAAUGUUGUUGAUUAUUUCUGCUUAGACUUUAUUAGCCUAUACCUCAUACGUUUCUUGCUGCUGCCUAAGCAACUUGAUUUGAGUUAUUCUUGUUGAAGACAGAUGAUUUUCCUUACCCAUCAGCUGACCUGUAAGAGAUCCAUUAUGGAAACCUUGGACUUUCCUGAACCCAUGAGGACUACAUCUGGCUCUGAUCUAGUAUAAGAAAAGAAAUAAUAGGGCAAACAAUGGCUGAGACCUGAACCAGGAUUGCUCACCAUGUGAGGAAGAAUGGAGCUCCCCAUGAUUGCUUCUGAAUAUAUGUGCCUUAUCCUAGUGGAAAUGACCCUAUUGCAGAACUGUUCCUUGAAAUAACUAUUGUAUCAAUAUUAAAAUGAUAAUUUCUAUAUUUACCUUUUGUAUCUUAUCUUUCAUAAAUAAAAUCAUUGGACUUGCAUUAGUUGAAUUA